CUGCCUGCGCGGUGGGAUGGCAGCUGUGGGCAGGGCCCUGGGAAAUGACGCUGCUGCUGUGUAUGUUGUGAAACCCUAUCCCGCUUUAGCAGAGCCGGGAUUUCGCUAACAGCUGCGGGCAGAUUGCGCUGCCCGUGGAAAUUAACCAGAGCUGGUCAGUUGUUCCCAGACAGCAGCAGCAGCAGCCGCCGCCGCCGCGCAGGGGAGCCAGACAAAAAACAAGCAACGCCCUUAGCCCCUUGCAACUCGGCUCCAGAGAUGGAUGUGGCCGUGGAUCUGUACCUGGCGGUCCCGCUGCUGUUCACAGUCCUGGCCGUGAUCCUGGCUUCGGUCUUUGUGAAGCUGAGAGCGACUGACGGGGACAAAGCUGCCGAGACAGCCAAGGGGGAAGGGUCCCCGGGCAAGGAGGCAACCGAGCAAGGGGAGGAAAGGAAGGAGGGUGAGGGGGAAGGGAAGGAGGGAGACGCGCUGAAGGAGGAGGGGAUCCCGAGGGGGGAGAAGGACGAGGAAGGAGCGAAGGACGAGGGGAGAAGGAUCCCGGUGGAGGAGAUUGGGGUUGAAGAGGGGAAGGCGAAGAGAGCCGGGGAGAAUGAAGAGCAGCAGCCCAAGGAGGAGGCGGUGGCAGCGGCAGCCAGGACUGCAAAAGCAGACAAGCCGAGUCAGCCUCAGGAGAUGAGCAUCCCCCGCCAGGCUGCUGAGGCGGUGGAGGAAGAAGAAGAGGAGGAGGAGGAGGAUGACGACGAGAGCAAGGAGGAAGAUCAAGACUGGGAAAAAGAGAGACUGGUGGUGAAUGAGCCAGAUCUGGACGAUGCAGGUGAGAAGAUCUCCUUUAAAUACAGUCCCGGGAAGCUGAGGGGGAACCAGUAUAAGACAAUGAUGACCAAAGAAGAACUCGAGGAGGAACAAAGAACUGAAGACUAUAUGAAGUUAUCCCUAGCCUCCUCCUAAAGGCUUUUCCCUUGGCAUCUUAAAGGCUUGAGAGAAAUACCAAAACCAACCAAACACACAAACAAAAGAAAAAACAAUAAACCCUCAAAACUCGGGACUUUCUCCUUGGCUGAAGUUGGGGUCUUCAAAAUAACUCCUUGUGGUAUCAAGGUUAAGGAGAAUCUCUUGCUUGGGUCCCUGGGCACAACCAGGCUAGAGCCGUGACUGGAGUUGUGUUUGGGGGGUGUCAAGACCUAAUAUGGGACUGAGACCCUCCAAACAGAACCCAGAGUGGACACCAAAAAAUCAGUGAGUCUAUUGAGUUGUGUUAAUCACACUCUGUCUGCCCUAUCCUGACACCUGUAUUGUUCCUUUAGAGGAAAUGGGCAAAAUCCAGAUGAUGUCUUAGAUCCACCCAGAUGUUGUACCUGAGUAUCCAACCCAUUUCUUCCGGGGACCAAACUCAUCCUUUAGCUUUGAAAAUUACAGCUGGAGAUUUAAAACAUUGUUUAGCAGUGGGGGUGGGAGGGGUGGGGAAGGGGGUUUGAUAGACUAUCACUGGACUGACUUAAUCUUGCUCUGUAAUCAUUUCAGCAGAGAGCUGAUCCUUUAGUUUAGGUAGAGGGAAGACCUAAGAAUUGAGAUUGGUUUGUCUUGUAGCUCUGCUGUUUGUGGUGACUUCCCGUUUAGGAGCCCAAGCUUUGUUAACAACUGGUAGUGCCUGGAUUUACUUUUCCCUGCUCCACUUCCUGAGAGGGAGAGGGUAGAGGAGGUAGCCCUGAAAUUGAGGACUCCCUCUAGAUUAUGAUGAGUUUCUGGGGGUGCCGACAGUGUUUCCCGUUCCCUUCUCCACACCACCUUGCU